CAUAAACUGUGUCACCAUAAGUGUGUUUGAGGAACAGUGAGACACGAUGUGGAUUACUCCUUUUCUCAUCACACUUGCCUGGUUUUCUACAACUCAAGCUAAUGAUUACUGUGAAAAUCUCCUCACAGAGUGUCGUCAAAUAAUCCCCUGGACCAGGUGUUAUGAAGACAGGAUUGCAACGUGUACAAUAAGAAAGCGUUUCAUGCCUAACUUCUUUCGUCAAAGGGUAAACUCGUCUCAAGAGGCUAAAGUGAGACCCACUCUCGAACACAAGGUUCACAUCCCAUCCUCGGCUCUCCAGAGAAGCAGAGGAGCUGCAUUGGAGGAGGAGGUACUGCUGGUGGCCACACUGAUCAACAGCACUUACUUUGAGCAGGGUCUGCCUCAGGGAAGGGCAACGGUAGGGGGGAUAGUACCCAACCAGUCUGCCCCGAAGCAAUACACUGUUAUGGGAGCCCUAGUCCUAGCAGUGAUGGCAGGGAGCCAGCCCGUCAGAAACCUCUCACAACCCAUCAAACUAACCUUCAAACACAACAACCGGGGGGAAAAUGGGACUUGUGUGUUUUGGCAGGAGUCAGAGCUGGAGGAUGGAAUAGGUUAUUGGAGCACAGGGGGUUGUGAUACCAUUGACAGUGGAACUGAGUUUAUUUGCAGCUGCAACCACCUCAGUUUCUUUGCUGUGCUUGUGAACCCUGUAAUAUCAGUGGAUGCACCUAAUUAUUUGAUUCUUACUUAUAUCAACUGCAUUGGAUCAGCACUCUCCAUCUUCUUUGCAAUCAUCAGCCUGAUCCUCUAUAUAUGUCUACAACGGCGGCGCCCAGAGAAGGCCAUCAGUGUGCAUAUCCAGUUAACGGUGGCACUGCUCUGCCUCCACAUCAGCUAUCUGCUGUCCACCUUCUGGGUGCGGCAGCUGAAUGAGAACCAGGAGGGCUUCUUUUGCUGGUUUCUGGGUCUCUUUUUGCACUGGUCCAUGCUGGCCACCUUCAGCUGGACAGCUCUGGAGGGAUUCCACCUCUACCUUCUCCUCGUCCGAGUCUUCAACAUCUACGUCAGAAGAUACCUGCUCAAACUCAGCUUGGUGGGAUGGGGUCUUCCUACACUGAUUGCAGGGGCUUGUGGGAUUUCAGGUGUUUAUGGCAAACACAGUCUGGAACUGAAGGAUGCCGAAAACAGCACAGCGAGUAACGCAGUAGCACAAUGCUGGAUGAGCAGCCAUCCAGUCAGCUACGUCACUACCAUGGCCCUUCCAUGCCUGGUGAUACUGUGUAAUUCCUGCAUGCUGGGGCUGGUGGUGUUUAAGCUCCAGGGCAUAAGAGGAGGUAGCAGAGGCACUGAAAGCAUCAGUGACUGGAAGAAGAUGAACAGAGAAAAAGGGACCAGGUUAUGGAAGGACUGUGCCACGGUGCUGGGUCUCAGCUGUGUGCUGGGGUUACCUUGGGGGUUAAUGAGCACCACCUACAUCUCUCUGCCUGGGAUCUAUGUAUUCACUAUACUAAACUCCCUGCAGGGUGUAUUUAUGUUCCUGUGGUCUGUGGCUUUGACCUGCAAGUCCCGAUCUGAAUGCAGCUCCUCAAUAGGAGGCCCUUGCUCCCAGAAAAUGAUGACUACCAGCUUCAAUAACUGAUAGUCACAGCUAAAACAAAUAUUAUCCAUUGCCUAUAUUAGGUGUUUACUAAACUGUUGGCUCCAGUCAUAUUCAUUUAUUCAGCUAACUAACAGUAACUUAAAAUUGGGAUAUCUUGCUGUUUCUUUAAAAAAAGAUACAUAGAAAAUAAUGCAUCAUGAACAGUAACCUUUCUAGUUAUUUAUUGUUGUUACAAUGAUGAUUCUUAUGGUCUUUCAAAUAUGGAUAGGCAAAUGUUGUCACUGAUUUACUGGUGAAUUACUGAUUAAAUAGUAGAAAAUUGAUGUAAUGCUAUAGUAAUGAGUAGCAAUGGCAUAUAAAACAAAAUAAAAAUAAAACAAAAAGGGGCUUAGUAGUUAAGUUAAUAACAAUGUCAAAUACAUUUGUAAAGUAUGUACUGUGCUCCAUUUCUGUGACUUCAUCCUUACUCAGUAAUGACUAACUAGGGGUCCUUGUAACCCAGGGGAU